UCUUAACAGUUAUGUACCAUCCCUAAAGCAUGAAGUAUAUUUCCACUCAAGCAUAGAUAUCUUCCCUCGUAUCAUUGUGAUUAUUGAAAUCAUCGGACCAGUCUUGUUCAUCAUGUAUAAGUUGAUAAAUUCUUGCUCAAAAUCAAGAUUGAUACCCCUUUUAUCUGAGUCAACCUUGUAUAAAUCAGCAAAUUUGGUUUUGGGUAAAUAUUCAAGGAGUCAUAGUAGUAGUGAAUCAUCAUCAUCAACAGAUACAUAUAGAGAAGCAAUUAAUUAUGAUGUGGUGAUAGUUGGAGGUGGACCAGCAGGUUUAUCAGCAGCUAUUAGGGUCAAACAAUUGUGCCAACAAAAGGAUGCUGACUUAUCAGUUUGUGUUGUAGAGAAAGGAGCUGAAGUUGGUGCUCAUAUCCUGUCAGGAAAUGUAUUUGAGCCACGGGCACUUGAUGAACUCUUUCCCCACUGGAAACAGGAAGAGGCUCCAGUUGAUGUCCCUGUUACUUCUGAUAAUUUUUGGCUGCUUUCCAAAAAUCAUACCUUUUCACUUCCAAGCCCAUUUGAUAAUAAUGGUAACUAUGUCAUAAGUUUGAGUCAGUUGGUUCGUUGGCUGGGGCAGAAAGCUGAAGAACUAGGAGUUGAAAUAUACCCAGGUUUUGCUGCUAGUGAGAUUUUAUGCAACGAACAUAACGAGGUUACUGGUAUUGCUACUAAUGAUAUGGGAGUGGCUAAAGAUGGUUCCAGAAAAGAGAACUACCAGUGUGGUGUUGCACUGAAGGGCAAGUUCAGGCGUGUUACUCUCCUUGCAGAAGGAUGUAGAGGAUCUUUAUCAGAGAAAUUGAUCAAGAAGUACAACUUGAGAGAGAAAGGGCAGGGGCAACAUCAGACCUAUGCUUUAGGAAUUAAAGAGGUCUGGGAGAUUGAUGCAGACAAACAUCAACCUGGUUCCGUGCUUCACACAGUUGGUUGGCCUCUGGACCAGAAGAGCUAUGGAGGUUCCUUCUUGUACCAUAUGAAAGACAGACAGGUCGCUGUCGGCCUUGUGGUUGCUCUAGAUUAUCAGAACCCUUUCUUGAAUCCUUAUGAGGAAUAUCAGAGGUUUAAACGUCAUCCUGCUAUUAGACCGCUUCUUGAGGGUGGAACUGUUCUCCAAUAUGGUGCUCGGUGUUUAAAUGAAGGAGGUUUUCAGUCUAUUCCAUAUCCAGUUUUCCCUGGUGGAGCAAUUGUAGGAUGCUCAGCUGGCUUCUUAAAUGUACCAAAGAUUAAGGGCACUCAUACAGCUAUGAAAUCAGAAUGCAGGAAGAAAGAGAAUAUGUCUUUUAAAGGAGCACUAGCUUGGCCGGUACUGGAGCUAGAAGGGAGCUGUUGGAAAUUGGAUGCCGGAAAGGCACCCAAGUUCAGAAUUUCUGAUGAACACACUAGGAGAAGGAAGAAUUUCCUAAACACAUGUUUGGUUGGGAGUUUCGUUGAGUGGGUUGGGCCCCCAGAAGCCAUCAGAAACUGGGGGGCUGAGGCUUGGGGCGUAAGUAACAACAACAACAACAACCCAGUGAAAUCCCACAUCGUGGGGUCUGGGGAGGGUAGAGUGUACGCAGACCUUACUCCUACCAAGGUAGGACGGCUGUUUCCGAAAGACCCUCGGCUCAAUAAAAGCAUAAAAAGAAGUCAGAUAAGGUUAAGAGAAUCAAAGCGAUAUGAAAUGAAAUAAUGCAAGCGACACAGAUAACACAGGAUAAUCAAAGCACAGGAAAUAACAGAUAAUAGCAAAAAUCUGAGCAGAAGAAAUUAUAUUGCGAUAAUGCGACUACUAAUAAGAACGGAAAACGAGACUAUCUACUAGCCUUCUACCCUAAUUUGGGUCCUCCAAACUCUCCUAUCUAAGGUCAUGUCCUCGGUAAGCUGUAGUUGCGCCAUGUCGUGUCUAAUUACCUCUCCCCAAUACUUCUUCGGUCUACCCCUACCUCGUCUGAAACCAUCCAUGGCCAACCUCUCACACCUCCGCACUGGGGCAUCUGUGUCUCUCCUCUUCACAUGCCCAAACCAUCUCAAUCUCGCUUCUCGCAUCUUAUCUUCCACCGAGGCCACCCCCACCUUAUCCCGAAUAUGCUCAUUCCUAAUCCUGUCACUCCUGGUGUGGCCACACAUCCAUCUUAACAUUAUCAUCUCGGCAACUUUCAUCUUUUGAACGUGAGAGAUCUUAACCGGCCAACACUCCGCCCCAUACAACAUAGUCGGUCUAACCACCACUUUGUAGAACUUGCCCUUAAGUUUUGGUGGCACCUUCUUGUCACAUAGCACUCCGGAAGCAAGCCUCCAUUUCAUCCACCCUGCCCCAAUACGAUAUGUGACAUCAUCGUCAAUCUCCCCGCAGCUUUGCAGAAUAGACCCAAGGUACUUGAAACUACUUUUCUUCUGGAUGGCCUGGGUACCAAGUCUCACUUCCAAGCCAGCCUCCUGAGGUGCUUCACUGAACUUACACUCCAAGUACUCUGUCUUGGUCCUACUCAGCUUAAACCCUUUAGACUCCAGAGUAUGUCUCCAACUUUCCAGCUUAGCGUUAACUCCGUUACGAGUCUCGUCGAUCAGGACUAUGUCGUCCGCGAACAACAUACACCAUGGCACCUCACCUUGAAUUUGUCGUGUCAAUUCAUCCAUCACCAAGGCAAAUAAAAACGGACUAAGAGCUGAUCCUUGAUGCAACCCCAUCACAAUUGGAAAGUGCUCUGAGUCUCCUCCUACUGUCCUUACCCUGGUUUUGGCUCCCUCAUACAUGUCCUUGAUCACCCUAAUGUACGCCACAGGUACACUUUUAGCCUCCAAGCAUUUCCAUAGGAUCUGUCUUGGAACUUUGUCAUAAGCCUUUUCUAGGUCGAUGAAUACCAUGUGUAAUUCCUUCUUCCUCUCCCUAUACUGCUCCACCAACCUUCUCACAAGAUGGAUGGCUUCUGUAGUUGAGCGUCCCGGCAUGAAUCCGAACUGGUUCUCUGAAAUAGACACACCUCUCCUCACUUUUAGGAGACACUCAUCACUUUUAGGAGACACUCAGUUUUGGUUUAGAUUUUUUGGUGAAGAAGAAGCAUGUCGGGUACUUUACGAAGGCCAAAGAUGGAUGGAAGGACGAUUUCUGAAGUAGGUGGUCUGAAAUGUUCGGGUGUGCAGAUUCAAACUUCGCCGGCAACAUUGCCACCAUAAACCUAGCGGGCGUGCCUAUACACUUGUGCUACUUUGAUUUUUUCAGGAAAGUUGGAGAUAUUUGUGGUGGCUUUAUGGAUGCCAUCUUCAGUAUGCAUGACCUAACAAGGGUAAGAAUGGUAGUGAAAAAGGCGGUAAGACUUCUAGUGUCUAUGGUGCUAGACGAUAGUGAGUUGGGGUAUAAGGUGUGUGCUUUGCUGGAGUUUGAAACUCAGGUAUUUUCUGUAUAUGGAUAUGGGGAAUACGAAGAAGAGAGUAGAAAGGGUUAGCAUCAAUGGAGGGUUUAGAUCUAGGUUUUGGUCCAUAACUGGUAGGUCGGUAACGACUAGUAGCUAUGAUAAGAUUGAUGAGCAUUUUGAAUUGGGAGAAAAGGGGCCUCUGAAGGCAAUAUGACCCUAUUGCCCUCAUUUAAGUGAAUCACGGUUUACUAAUUAUAAUGGGUCAGACCGGCCUUUUUUCAAAAAAUCGACCAGUCUAGUGGUCCAAAAGAGACAGAUCUUUUUCUAUCUAGGGCUCGCACAAGUUCACUUUAGGUUGCUGGAAAAAGCCAUUAACGUCAAAAAAUACUCCGGCGACGCAGCUGCAUGCAAAAUCUCAAGGAGAAGGGGAAUGCGGGGUCGCAAUCCUGUGACAAGGCUCAUAACCAUCUAGGCUCGCAUGUUUCUUGUCCAAAUACCUCAGUUCUAUCUCUGUCUGCCAUGGAAACUUUGGAUAAAGCUUGAAAGCUUCGGAGGAAGUCCUGAAAGCUAAGUUGCUCGAACUCGGGUACGGGUACAGAUCUAGAUGUCGGAUUCUUCAUGAUCUAAAUUUUAAGAUUCGGGGAUAUGGUCCAAAUAUGGAUUUGGGUGGUAGGGAUUCGGCUAAAAAUAAUUCAAAUAUCAAAAAGUAUAGUUAUAUGUCUAAAUUAUGAGACAUUAUGUGGAAAAGUUACAAGGUAUUCCGAGGAGAAAAUAUUGAAUAAGAGGAGAAUCCUAGAAGGAGAUUUAAGGAAAAGGACUCACAUAGAAAUUUCUAUAUGCAAGGUAUUCCAUUUUCUUUAAUUUCACCUUAGCUUUAGUUUUGAUUACAAAAAUCAUUGUAUCUAUCCCAAAUUUCUCCAUUGAUUUUGGUCAAAAUACCCAAAAUUGGUUGACCAUACCCAGUACGGAUCCCAUAACCACACCCACACCCACGCGGUGUCGUCACGAGUGCGACACCAAAGUGAAAGAGUCCGAGCAACUUAGCCUGAAACCGCUGAAAUGGCAGAAAAGCAAAGUAAUAUAGGCAAGAGUGGGUGCGAGCUACUGUUUCGACACCCAGACCCACUUUGGUAGGUAUGCCGGCGCUGGUAUCUGCCCGUAAUUCGGUUGGGUCAAAGCCAGGUGGCUCUGAAAUUUUUCCUCAACCCAUUUCUUCCGUGACCUUAAAGUCUAGUAAAGGUAUAAUUCCGGAGCUCUCAAGAUAGUAGGAGAAGGGUCUGAAAGGGGUCAACUUAUUUUGGGAGGUUCGGAGGGGCUAAAUGUUGUUUCAAGGUAUCUUCUUAUAAAGCCUUAUUACAAAGGAAAAGAGAUCGGGAAAAGAGCGGCAGGAAGCCAAAACUAAAGAAAACAUAAAAAAAAAAGAAAAGGAAUCCACUGAUCCCGGUCAUCCCAAGAACCUUCCGCCAACCAAUAGCUUGAGCAAAUGGGUCCCAUCAUAAGGAGCCACUCCUCUCCCCCCAGGUUCCUUCUUAACGGCACGAGCAGGACAAGUAAUCCAAGUUUUCACAGUACUACCAGAUAGGAAGGAAAACCCACCUCAAAAUCUAAAACCAACAAUCAAAUGUGUAAUAUAACUAGAGUAAUAUGAAGUAGAGACGAGGCCUAGGGUUGUUCUCCUCUCCUAGAUAUGAGUCUAAAAGAUUUAAUACUAAUCAAGCUUACUUAUGUGAUUGGUCUUAUUAUGACCAUCAAUCCUAAGAUAACCACUCACUAUUCCUCAAUUUUAAUGGUCUAACCUUAUUUAACUUCCUCAGGUUAAUAGAAUUGCAAUAAAAUCAUUGUCUUAUACCUAUUAAUGGAUAAUAUUUGUUAUCUUUUAGUUUAGGAGUUUGUUACUAGUUCCCAUUUUCUAGCUAUCUGCUGGUUCAAUAUUACAUAGAUAAUUUUCUUGUAUUCUAGUACACAUUUGAUUCAUUUAGGACUUCUGAUAGUUUCCUGUAUUUUAGUAUUUUUGUUGCACUCGUCUUUUGCGGUCCACACUUGGUGAGUGCGGCCAACACCCUACUCAACAAUCUUCUUUUGGCUUUAACUUGAUCUUUUUCAGCUUUUUCCUUAUUUAAUCCAGUUAAUUACUUCAAAGCCUGAAAUAAAGCACUUCCCAUUCGACUUUAGCAUGAAAUAGUUACUUUCCGACUAAAAAAAUAGUAAAAGACGGUAAUAAGUGGGUAAACAUUAUCACUUAUCAACCUCCAAGUAAAGUAGUGAUGCAGUUCUCUUUCAAAAAUAUGUUGAAAAGGAAAGGGUCUUUUGAAUCAACGAGUAUGAGAAAAUCAGGGUUCAAGUUCUCGGUUAAAUUCUUUUUCCUUUUCCUGAAGAUGCAUACACCUAUAUUCAAUAGAAAGAGAGCUGGCGAGGGCUCAUGCUUUAUUCAGCGCCAACCAGGAAGUCGGGGUUAACUGUGUUUCAUCAGCAACCUAGGGCAAUAACUUCUUAUAAAGAUCAUAUGCAUUGUGAUUAUUGUGGAAAGUCAAGUCAUACAAAAGAGACAUGUUGUAAGCUUCAUGGUAGACCAACUAGAGGUCAUGGAGGAAAAAAAUUAGGUUCAUCAAGGGGCUUGACUAAUAUUGCAUUACUAGUUACAUGCGGCGCAAACACGAAAUAUAAAAAUAUUUAUAUUUUAAUUAAAGAAGUAUAAUUUGUAUUGUAUUUUCUGUAUCGUAUUUUCUUUGUCGAAUAAUUAAUAUGACUUAGUGGCAUUUAAAUAUGUAUUAUUGAUAUGUCUUCAUAGUUAUCAAAGUUUCGUAGCUACCUAAUUAGAUAAUUUUUAAACAAAAUUUUAUUUAUGAAGGAGAAAGUUUGGUAGGAGAAUUAGUAAAUCCCGAAGAGACACAAGUGACUCGGCAUUCUGUAAAGUAAUAUGAGUUAAAUUAUGUAAAUUAAUUACAAUUCAGUGGUUCAGUUGGUUGAGCAUGGGAUUUCCAUAAUGUAGGUCGAAAUCCCCUGUCUACGACAGCAGGGGAUUUUCCUUCUGGGCCGAGCUCGUCGCACGGGGCUUGCCUAGUAUGGGUUAUCUCUCCUAUGUGGUUUUUGGUCUAUUCACAGGAGGGGGGUUUAUCCUGUGCGCACCCAAAGGGUAGCGGUUGCGGGUUCCCUUAUCAUAAAAAAAAAAUGAUUUUUCUUUUAUGAAUUUGUGAGUAUAUAAUCUCUUUAUUUAUAAAAAUGGAUUUUUUUGUACUUAUUGAGUUUUAAUUCUACUCAUGAUAAUUCAUGUUGCAAGAGUUUAUGCUACUUAAAGAUAUUAAUUGAAACGGAGAGACAGAGAGAGUAAUUAGUAAGAUCUAAUAAAUGUUCUAGCUGAAAACGAAAAUAUGGCUCCAAAGUUGUCUAAAUUUUACCUAUAUAUAUUAUGACAAGUAAUGUAAAGAGUAAUCUAAUAUUUUUUUCGGCCCAUAUUAUAUGGUGUUUUAGCUUGGACAAAACCCCUUAAAGAGUGUUUUCACUAAAUUACGCUUAAUUAAUACCUAUUUAAUAGGUUAUGUCAAAAUUCACUUACCCAAAUAGGAAUACUUUUAUAAAAAAUAUAUUAUCUUCUUGAUUACAUAAAUAAUUAUCUUUCUCGGAUUAAAUAAAAAUGUUAAAAAUAUCAUAUAAUAUAAAUGGAAAACAAUAAAAGACAAUAAGAAAUUCAUAAAAAAAUACUGACAAUAUUACGUAAAAGAUCCAAUAGGCAAUAGCCACGGCCCACUUGUACAGCAGCAGGAUGAAAAAUUACAUUGUAAUGCCACGGUGUGUAACGACCCGUUUGGUCGUUAUUGCGUUUUUAUCGUUUUUGCCCCGUUGACUCAUCCCCGAGCCUUGUUAGUACUAUUUUGACCUGCGGGAACCGGUGGCACAGUUCCCUAUGCAUCAUUUUGUGUUUUGGAAUGAAUUUUAGAAAUUUGGCCAUAAAGCAAAAACCGUUUGACUCGAAGUUGACUUUUGGGUGCCCGUAAUUGAAUUCCAACAGUUCCAUUAGGUCUGGGGGGUGAUUUAUGACAUAGUGGUAUCAUUGGUUUGGUUCCCGAAGGGUUCGGGUGUGAUUUGGGUCAUUAGUUAAGAAACUGGUUAAGUUAGAAUUGGAGUUGACCACGGUCAACAUCGGGUCAAGAUGAUCCCGUGUCGAUGUUUUGGAAGUUCAAUAAGUUUGUAUGAUGAUUUUGGACAUGUCCACAAAGUUUGGUUAGAUUCCAAUGAGUUUUGGAUAAAUUUGGGUUGUAUGGUGAUUGUUUUCGUUUUCGAUGUCGAUUUGAGCAUAAAGGGUACCAUAUUGAGCAAACGGCCUUUGAUUCGUGUUUCAAUUGAACUAUUAUAUCCGUAUCGUAAUUUUGGAACCAUAGCAACUGAAAUCAUCAAGUUUCGACAUCGUAUGAGGGAUUUAUGGUCAUUUUACUAAGAAUUGGGUUGCCAGAUGUUUCAGAUUAAUUACGAAAAUGCCACUGAAUUCGUAUUUAAAAAUAUGCACUGUUUCAAAUAUUGAAACUUCCAUAUCUCCUUCAUUAUAAGGUCAAAUGGAGUGAUUCAAAAGCCUAAAUUGACUGGAAUUUCACAAGGAAUCCAUUGGAGGCAUCAAAAGUGAGUUUCGGGAUCGUUUGGCACAAGAAACGAGGAAGAACAGCUGGGCGUUUUUGGCUAUUAAUGUUGUUGGAGUUUUUCUCAUCUGGAAAGUUUGGGUUUGGGAGAAUUCA